AUGGUCACACUACACACCAUAGUGAGAGGGAGAGACACGGAGGAUGAUAAAGCAGUGGGAGAUAAAGCAGUAGGAGAUAAAGCAGUGGGAGAUAAAGCAGCAGGAGAUAAAGCAGCAGGAGAUAAAGCAGCAGGAGAUAAAGCAGUAGGAGAUAAAGCAGCAGGAGAUAAAGCAGCAGGAGAUAAAGCAGCAGGAGAUAAAGCAGUAGGAGAUAAAGCAGUAGGAGAUAAAGCAGUAGGAGAUAAAGCAGCAGGAGAUAAAGCAGUAGGAGAUAAAGCAGUAGGAGAUAAAGCAGUAGGAGAUAAAGCAGUAGGAGAUAAAGCAGCCGGAGAUAAAGCAGUAGGAGAUAAAGCAGUAGGAGAUAAAGCAGUAGGAGAUAAAGCAGUAGGAGAUAAAGCAGCAGGAGAUAAAGCAGCAGGAGAUAAAGCAGUAGGAGAUAAAGCAGUAGGAGAUAAAGCAGCAGGAGAUAAAGCAGUAGGAGAUAAAGCAGUAGGAGAUAAAGCAGUAGGAGAUAAAGCAGUAGGAGAUAAAGCAGCAGGAGAUAAAGCAGCAGGAGAUAAAGCAGUAGGAGAUAAAGCAGUAGGAGAUAAAGCAGCAGGAGAUAAAGCAGUAGGAGAUAAAGCAGUAGGAGAUAAAGCAGUAGGAGAUAAAGCAGUAGGAGAUAAAGCAGUAGGAGAUAAAGCAGCAGGAGAUAAAGCAGUAGGAGAUAAAGCAGUAGGAGAUAAAGCAGUAGGAGAUAAAGCAGUAGGAGAUAAAGCAGCAGGAGAUAAAGCAGCAGGAGAUAAAGCAGUAGGAGAUAAAGCAGUAGGAGAUAAAGCAGCAGGAGAUAAAGCAGUAGGAGAUAAAGCAGUAGGAGAUAAAGCAGCAGGAGAUAAAGCAGCAGGAGAUAAAGCAGUAGGAGAUAAAGCAGUAGGAGAUAAAGCAGCAGGAGAUAAAGCAGUAGGAGAUAAAGCAGUAGGAGAUAAAGCAGUAGGAGAUAAAGCAGUAUGCAGGCAACGGAAGAACAACUUCCAGGAAGUCAUUAGGCAAAUAUCUGAUCUGCCACUUCAGCUAAGUGUACCCUCCCCCCCCCCCCCUAACAGGAAGGACUGCCGUAACGACACUGACGCCUUAAACAGUUCAACAUCUACAAUAACUUGA